AUGCGAUCCGCCGUUGUAUACUCCACCUUGGUUGUUGCCGUCUGGGCUCACGGGCUCUGCACGUCCAUGGAGGGCGCCAACGGCGUCAGCAACGGCUGCGGCUCUCAGGCCGAUACAUCCAUCAUCAGGGAUCGUGAGAUCAGCAACGGCAAGGCCAGUCCCCUCGGACGCACCGAGGGUGGUGGUCCUGUGAGUGCUGCGGCUUCCAUCGAGUACUUCAUGACUGGUGCUGGUACCGCUCAGAGAAACAAGGGUGCCAAUGGCGCCACAGGCCAGGAGGACGACUUAUCCGCCCUCGGCCGGUCUCGGCAACGCCGUGAGGAGCAUAAGCGUCAAAUCGGCAAACUGUUUGGUGGUGCUGGGGCCGGGGCGGGUGCUGGCCUCGGCGGUCUUCUCGGAGGUCUCGGCGGUGCCGGCCGUGGCAGUGCCGCCGGCGGUGGUGGCAAGAAGAGCAACUUUGCUGAGGAGACCAUGGUAGCUGACACGGCGGGCCAAGGGGCCACGAGUGGCCUUCCCACCACCAACGACCAGGGAGAGAUUUCCAUGGUCUUUCGGCAGAUAAACCAGGACGGUGCUGGCCCUAUGAGGGCCGAUAUCGACGCUACGUCCGGAGGCACUGAUCCUUCGGCCUUUCAAAGGGCCGAAGUCACCCAGGACAUUCCAGGACUCGGCAUCGGGGGCUUGUCUCUGGCCACCAACACUGAGUUCCCAUUGAAGGUCCAGAUGCCCCCGGGCAUGACGUGCGAGGCGCAGGUUGGCGGCGCGAGCAACGUUUGCAUCGUUCGUGUCCGCAACAGCGCUGCGGCCGGGCCAUUCGGUGGAUCCGGCGCCUUCACGCAGAGCCCUUCUGCAAAAAAGCGCGCCAUCGCCUACCGUCUGAGGAAGCGCUUCCAGAUCAGUCGCGUGGAGGAUAAGGAUGCGCUUGAUGCCGCCGACGCGGCUGAGCUCGAGGAAGAAGAGGAUGACGAUGAGUAA